CUGAUAGAGGGCGCUCGAGGUGUAACGUUAGUUUGAUAUAAGAGCAGUCAGACGCGGAAGCACACUAGUGUAAAGCACUCAGUGGUGACGCAGCUGGGCAGAUAUGGGUGUGCAAAUAAAGGUUGAAUACUGCGGUGGAUGAGGGUACGAGCCCCGCUUUCAGGAGCUCAAGCAGGUUGUCACUUCUGAGUUCACUGAUGCGGACGUGAGUGGCUUCGUCGGCCGCCAAGGGAGCUUUGAGAUCGAGAUCAAUGGAAAACUGGUUUUCUCAAAGCUGGAAACCAGUGGCUUCCCCUAUGAGGAUGAUAUAAUGGAUGCUAUCCAGAGAGCCUAUGAUGGCCAGCCGGUGGAGAAGAUCACCAAGAGCCGGCCUCCUUGUGUCAUCCUCUAAAGUUUCAUCACUUGACCCUUCACUUCUGGCUCUGGAAAUGUCAAGAUAUUAAACGGUUCUGUAAACAUAGCUUAAAGAUCUAGAGAAAGGGUGUAUUGAUGUGGGAUCCUUUAACGUCCCCUUCCUCUUCACUCCUCCGGUCUGGGUGCUGGACGUAAAUGAUUACUGUAACUCUAAAGUGAGCAGUUACUGUAUGAGGCCUGCAGUCCAUGCAUCCUUUAAACUGGAGGAGCAAGAUGAGGGGAUGUUAAGGAGGAAGCCAAUGGAAGGGUUAAGGUCUUUUGUUUCUUUUUUUGUCAAAGCCACAUUGCCUAUUGGGGUCACUUUUUGUCUUUUGAUUUUUUUAUUUUUGAUAUUUUUUGUAGGGGGGUUGAAGAGAAUAUACUAAUGAACUACACCACCCCGUAUCAGCAUGAAGAGAUCUCAAAUAAAUGAAUUUAAUAUGGCUGUAUUUGAGUACUUGAAUGCUUGUUUGAAGUACUGUAAGGGCACAUUCUAGACCAACUUGGCUUGUUGUCAAUGCUCAGGUGUUUAGGCUCUUGCAAGCAUUUUGUGCUGUAGUUUUUUUAAUUAUUAAUAUUUAGUGUUGUAGUUUUCUAUCCAAAUAGCUGGGCAUUUUCUGACUUGCAGGCACUGCAGCAAGUUUUUGUCUGUGUGUGUUUAGAAACUACCGAAGACCCUGUUUAUGAAACGACACUCAUGUGGUUAAUAAAAUAAUGAGCUCUCA